AUGGCAUGGAAAGAACAUUUAAAGGAUAUUGAUAAGAUCAUAAAAAAGUUACUACAAAAUAGUAUUAUUGAUUCAAUUAAUAAGGUAUCAGCCCUAUUUAAUACAAUUGACCUUAGCGAAAUUAUAAAUGUUUCAAUGCUUGAUAAUAGUGAAGAUGACAUUAAAGAGUUUA